CGCUGGUCAUUUCAGGUCUAGCGCCACCAUCUAUUACAGCCUUCAAAUUGCUUUUGGACUUGACUGCAGUUUCAAGGCAGCUAUGCACGGGCCACACCUGUCUACCAUAGGACGUCGAAAGUUCCAAACUGUAUUUGACGUCGUCGAAAGUGAAGUCGACCAACACUUUGCAUCACUCCAUCAACAACAUCCAGACUUUUAAAGCGAUACCUAUAUCGCCCCAAACUGCCCAAGAUCUCUAUAACGACCAUUUGCGUACAGAAGCACGUUCAUCGCCGCGAAAUAAUACCUCAUACAACUCCAGUGGGAUUGCACACUUAUCCAAUAAGGUAGUCGCUCUCGUCCUCGGACUGAAAACUUUCGCUGGUAGUUCUCACCAUUGUGCCGGGCGCCUACACACAAAACUAUGGCCCGGCUCCGAGACUCACGCUCACCAAGUCCUGCAGGAAGUCAGCAUUCCUCCUCAAGACGACAUCGUAGAGAGGAUGGACGGAAUCGAGAUCGGGACCGGGACCGGGAUAGAGACCGGCGAGAUUAUGGCCGCCGCGACAGGGACCGGCCCCAUGACUACCGUCGACCCAUAGAUCGAAGAGAUGACGACUACAGAGGCGGCGGCGGCAGGGACCGGCGGCGUUCGCGUGAUCGCUAUGGUGAUCGGGAGAGGGACCGGGACCGGGACCGGGACCGUGUCAGAGACCGCUCUCCGGAAAAUCGCCGGCGCGUAGAUAGGGACUAUCGAAGCAGGCGAGAUGACUCCCGAGAUCGAGACAGAGGGCGACGCGAAGGUACUACUGACUCUCGUCCGCGCAGUAGGCGAGAUGCUAGCCGAGAACGCGUCCCCGCCCCCGUCGAUGCCAACAAGGCAAACAUGAAGACAGAGGUUUCUGAUAUGAAAGCCAAGCCGACUCCUGCAGUUGCUCAGUCCGAUGCUGGCAAAAAGGCGGAACGUCUUGCCAAGCUGGCGGCGUGGAAGAAGAAGCAAGAGGAGAAGGAGAAACAGAAGGAGGCUACGCCAGGUGGAACCAGGAAGCUUCUUGCAGAAAUGGAUGAGAAAGCUAAUGGUACUUCGGCGACUGUAACCCCGACUGCAGCAUCUCCCUCCACAACAGCAGCCGUAGCGUCUCCAGCCGAGCCAGCUCACAUAGCCUCGCCGGGAACCCCGUACGCUGGCAAGUUCGAUCCGAAGGCCAUUGCCAAAAAGGCGGCCCCGCGUACACACUCCCCCAGUGCUGCUCCCAAGCUCGGGGCUAUUGGACAGUUGUCGUCUACUAUACCGGCCACAAAACCCCCACCAGCAGCGAAGCCGAAUGUUUCCGCGCUGCCGCAAAGUAGAGCCAAGACGAGUGGCUUCGGCUUUCACAAGCAGAAUGCAGAGGCUGAGAAAGUCCCACAGAAGCGAAAGCUGAUGCUCGAUGAGGAGGAGACAUCUGAUAGAAAACUGGCUAAGCUACCCUCUUUACCCCUUCCUGAUGUUGAUGAUACACCUUACGAGAUCCAAGAUGAUGAGGACGAUGCGGAUAAUUUCGCGGGUGAUGAAGAAGAAGAAGCUGCUGCUGCUCGUGCUGCGCAGGAAAGACGAGAGGAACGGAUUGCUCAAGAAAGUGCUCAACAUCAUGACGACAUGGAAAUCGACGCACCACAUGAAGAGCCAAAAGAAGAACCUGUAGCGUCUGAACCGAACGGCGUGGCUGCUGUGCUGACUGCACCGGCUGUACUUGUUUCCGACGCCAUGCAGGUCGACGAGAAGGAGGAGGAGGAGGAUCCUCUCGAUGCCUUUAUGAACGAUCUCGAAACCAAACCAACUGUCAGCAAAGUUCCUAAGACAAAGCCUCAAGCAAGCAAACCUCAGCAGGAGCCCGAAGCGUAUUUCAGCGACGAUGAAUACGAUUAUCGGGACAAAGAGAUCGACUCUGAUUUCGUCGCCAUCACGUCAAAAGCACGCAAGAAGAAAGACAUCCCUGCUGUAGACUAUACCAAGCUCAACCUGGAUCCGAUUCGCAAGAACUUCUGGGUCGAGCCCGCUGAAUUGUCUGAAAUGACCGAAGCCGAGGUGGUAGAUCUCCGACUUGAACUCGACGGUAUUAAAGUCUUUGGCAAGGAUGUCCCCAAGCCGGUGCAGAAAUGGUCUCAAUGUGCCUUAUCACGUAAAACGCUUGACAUUAUUGAUGGGCUAGGUUUUGACAAGCCAACACCUAUCCAGAUGCAAGCGUUCCCCGCCAUCAUGUCCGGUCGCGACAUUAUUGGAAUCGCAAAGACUGGAUCCGGGAAAACUCUGGCUUUCCUGCUGCCCAUGUUCCGACACAUCAAGGAUCAACAACCCCUUAAAGAGAAUGACGGGCCAAUCGGCUUAAUCAUGACCCCAACAAGAGAGUUAGCAACGCAGAUCCAUCGAGACUGCAAACCGUUCUUGAAGUCAAUGGGAUUGCGAGCAGUUUGUGCGUAUGGUGGCGCCCCGAUCAAAGAUCAUAUUGCCGAACUGAAACGGGGCGCUGAGAUUGUCGUAUGCACCCCCGGGCGUAUGAUAGAUCUCUUAGCUGCAAACCAGGGACGCGUGACGAAUCUGAAGCGAGUGACAUAUGUCGUUCUGGAUGAGGCUGAUCGGAUGUUCGAUAUGGGAUUUGAGCCACAAGUCAUGAAGAUCCUUUCAAAUAUGCGACCAGACCGACAGAACAUUCUCUUCUCGGCUACGAUGCCACGUAUCAUGGACGCUUUGGCCAAGAAGGUUUUGAGUAACCCAGUUGAGAUUACCGUUGGUGGUAGAAGCGUCGUUGCCCCGGAAAUCACUCAGAUCGUUGAGAUCAGAGAAGAAAACAACAAGUUCAUCCGCUUGCUUGAGCUCCUGGGAGAGCUGUACGAUAAAGAUGAAGACGCUCGAAGCUUGAUCUUUGUGGAGCGGCAGGAGAAAGCUGACGACCUGCUCAAAGAACUGAUGCGGAAAGGUUACCCUUGCAUGUCAAUCCACGGCGGCAAAGACCAAAUUGACCGUGACUCGACCAUCGAAGACUUCAAAAAUGGCGUCGUUCCAAUCAUGAUUGCGACGUCGGUUGCCGCACGAGGCCUUGAUGUGAAGCAGCUCAAGCUAGUGGUCAACUACGACGCGCCGAAUCAUCUUGAAGAUUAUGUGCAUAGAGCUGGGCGUACUGGGCGUGCUGGCAAUAAAGGCACGGCUGUGUCAUUUGUUACACCAGAUCAAGAGAAUUGCGCGCCUGGCAUUGCGAAGGCGCUUGAACAAAGUGGCCAGCCAAUACCUGAGCAACUUGAAGAAAUGCGCAAGGCCUUCAAGGAGAAGGUCAAAUCUGGCAAAGCCAAAGAUCAGACAGGGUUUGGAGGAAAGGGUCUCGAACGGCUGGACCAAGAGAGAGAGGCGGCGAGACUGCGGGAACGCAAAUCUCACCGAACCGAAGGUGAAGAAGAAGAGCCGAACAAGGAGGAAGGGGCUGCAGAUGACAAGAAAGCCGACAAGGCUGUUUCGGCUAUCCAAGCGGCUGCCUCAGCUGUAUCAUCCCGUGAUGCCGCUCCCAAGACGGUCGACCUCGAACCUAAGUUUACCAUCCACAAACGGGAAGAGGCGCCAGCGUCGUCGACCAGUGGCAACAACCCCUUGGACAAGGUAUCAACGGCCAUCAAUGCCAUCAACGCACGUCUCGGAAAAGCCGGACAACUUCGGCCAGGACAGCCUAUUGACAACAAGGGUCCUGAUGCGGGUGCGUACCACGCAACGCUUGAGAUUCACGACUUUCCUCAAAAGGCCCGUUGGGCUGUCACGAACCGAACCAACGUGGCCAAGAUCUUGGAGGCGACUGGCACUUCGAUUACUACGAAGGGAACAUUUUACGGGACAGGAAAGGAGGUUCCACCGGGCGGAGCUCCCAAGCUGUACAUUUUAGUUGAAGGUGAUACCGAAUUGGUUGUUGCCAACGCCAUGGCGGAGCUCACGCGUUUAUUGAAGGAAGGCACUGUGGCUGCUGCCGAUGCUGAUAGUCGGGCACCUAUUGGUGGAAGGUACACUGUUACGUAGACAAACGGAAGGAGGUAAUAUUAUCGUGGA